UUGAAGGGUUCCCCAUUGGCUGCCAAGACUAUUGGACGCUUGCUGAGAAUGGAUCUAAGUACAACACAUUGGGGAAAUAUAAUGGAAAGUGAACUGUGGCGAUUAGAACAAACAGAGACCGACAUUUUGCCAGCCCUUCGACUGAGUUAUAUGUACCUGCCGCAGAAAUUGAAAAGAUGCUUCUCAAUCUGUGCAAUGUUUCCCAAGGAUUACAAAUUUGCGAAGGAUUUUCUAGCUGACAUUUGGAUUGCACUAGGAUAUGUGGAGUCAGCCCAAGAAGCAUCAAUGUGCUUUGAUGCCCUUGCAAAUCGUUCUUUCUUUCAGAAAGCAUCACCACAUAGUGUUAAGUAUGUAAUUCAUGAUCUGAUGCAUGAUACGGCACAACUAGUCUCAAAGAAUGAGUGCUUCAUUAUAAAGCAUGCUAGUGACCUAGAUAAAGUUCCUUCAAACGUCCGUCAUCUGUCAAUAUUCACGAACGGAGAUGUUCAGUGUUCUGAAUUGAAGAGCAUAUGUAACAAGAAAAAUCUGCGGUCCCUGGUGUGCGAUGAAUCAUACAGCAAAGCAAAAGAUUUUGAGUCUAUGAUGGACUGUUGGUUCAAGGAACUAUUGAAAAUCCGCGUAUUUAGUUGUAAACUCUCCAAAGUAAGACAGCUACCUGAGAACAUGGGCAAUUCAAAGCAUAUGCGUCACCUUUGUUUACUUGGAAGUUCUAAUUUCAGCACAUUUCCUUCAACAUUUUGUCAGCUGCAUCAUCUCAAAGUUAUAGACCGUGGCAGUUGUUUGAUUGAAAGUUUUCCUCCAGGCUUCAGCGAUGCCCUCAGUUUAGAGAAAAUCAAUUCAAAUAAUUUUUCUUAUAACAAGGACCACUCUGGCAAACUCUGCCUAAAAUGGCCCUUUUUGCAUCGUAAGACGGUAAAGAUGGUGGAAAAUCAGAUGGAAAGAUUACCUCACUGGAAUCUCCAGCAUCUGCGUGUAAGGAAUUACAGAGGUGAAUCUUGUCCUAGCUGGCUCCAGCCCAACCUCCUGCCAAUGCUACGUUCCCUUGAAUUUGAUUGGUGUAAAGUGAAGAGCAUACCGUUCUUUGUUCCAUUAGAUGUUUCACUUGACAGUACAUCACCUUCAGACAACAUUAAUCGUCUUGAAGAGUUAGCCAUACACUAUUGUGAGCAAAUCAGUUGGCAAGGCUCGAUACUCUUGCCUACUUCUCUUAGAAAGCUAACCCUUGUGAAAUCGGGCUAUUCCAUGGAUCGCUUCGUGAGCUGCUUCCUUGACCUCACUUCCCUCACUUAUUUGGAAAUAAAAGACUGUGAAUCAUUGACAUCUAUUCCCCUGCAUGUGUGGAGAAGAAAUCUUCCAGCCCUGGAGGAACUAUAUAUUGAAGGUUGCGACAACCUUACAUCAAUAGUCUCUGAAGCUAGUGGUAGUAGCAGCAGCAGUGCUGUUACAGGAUUCUUAUCCCUUGCUAAGUUAAUGAUAAAGCAGUGCAGCAAAUUAUUGAGCUUCGAUGAAUUCCUGAAGCCAGAUUGUCUACCUGCUGUUAAUACCAUUCUAGUUUCCAGUUGUAGUGAGUUGAUGUCCAUCUCUGUUGAUGGGCUAGAAGGGUUGCAGACUCUGGAAAUUUCAUGUUGUGAUAAGUUGAAUGCGCAGAGGGCAGUGAUAUUACCAUCCUCUCUUAAGAAGCUCAAGUUGGUGCUUUGUGGCGGCAUAGAAUCCAUC